AUGGCCGCUCCAUCCCGAGAUGGCCCCAAGCCUCCGAUCAAUCGCCAGACAACUACACCUUUCCACCUCAAGCUUUUUUAUCGCGUCGGCAACUUCCACUCCCUGUCCGACUACAAAAUCCCUGCCCCUUCCCGCCAUCGCGGUGGCCCCCUCAGUGGGCCCAAUGCCAUUCGAGCGCCUUCUCCUCCAGCUGCUGCACCACUCCCUCACCACCUUGAGAUCUACACUUGGCAGUCAUGCACACUUCGAGAGCUUUCACAGCUUCUCACCUCUGCUUUGCCAUCAUUACUGCCUAACUCGCCCGUCGGUACUCGACUUUGUUUCCGUCUAAUCUACCCCGACGCGCGGGCCGCGGCAAUGGCUGGCCCUGAUGUCCGCGCCGGUCGCUAUGUCACCAGGGAACUGGGCAGUGUGGUCGUUGCUCCAAGGGAUAGCACGUAUCGGACAGAGAAAGAUGCGCAUGAUCUAGGAGAAUCAACACCUCGCCCAGGACCUCUCCGUUUCCAAGGUGGGGAGGCCGACAAAUCUUUGCAGGACGCACGAUUUAUAAUUGGGGACUAUGUUGAAUGCGCGGUAUUGCCGCCGCUUGAUGAUGGAUCUAUCGCACCACCUCCACGCGCUGGCCUCGGCCCUCCUCAGAUAGGAGGUGGCAUGCGCGCUUUCGGACAAAAUGGAUCGGGACGGUCGGGUCGCGGCGGUCGUGGGGAUCGAGACCGUGGGGGUCCUAACCUUCCCAUGGGUGACUGGAGGAGGGGAGAGAGGCUUCCCGAGGGAGGUACGCGAGGUGGCGGUCGACGAGGAUGGAACCCCUAUUGA